AUGCCGGCGGCAGCUCAUAGGGUGAGACUAACUGGCGGGAACAGACAUGCUCCCCUGAGACCGUACCUUGUCAAGCUCGGGAUGAAGGCUCAGAUGAAGUCCCACGAGGAAGAAGAAGCGCGAGCGGAGGCGGAACACCAAGCUAAGAUUUCGGCCAACGAGCUGCGUGGGAGGGUCAACAUCCCCGAUGACACGGACGACGAGGACGAGGCCACGGCCGAGGCGUCUGGGCCCGACUGGGGCAAGAAGGCGAGGAGGAGGCAACGCGAUAUGAUUAAGAAACUUUUGAAGGCCGAGGAACAACGGCUGCAGGAGAACCAGGAGGAAUUGGAGGAUAAAGAUAUCGAAGAGUUCUUGGUGGUGACGCAUGGUUCCGGGCUCUCAAACCUUUUCCCAUUAUGCGACCUCAGAUUCCCCGGCAAGCUAACUCCUCCCCAGCCGCUAAGAACUUUGUCGACUGGUACUACCGCCAGAUCAACGAUACCAAGUCAAUCUCCCCAGGUUACGUCAACGGCCACGCAGCCUAUGACAGGGCGGGCCACCCGCCCCGCCGACAUCUGCAUCAAUGGCCUGGUAGUCGCGACGCCACAGGAAUGGGAGGCGCUACUCAAGCAACAAGAAUACGCCCCCAAGCAGCCCGACCCGAACAAACGGCGCGUGCGGUACGACGUCGAGGGCUACAACGUGCACGUCAUCAACGCAGACUACCGCUUCGGCGCAUCGCAGAAGAUGCUCGACUUACACUCUCCAACCGACGGUGUGCGCAUGAUGAUGGCCUUGACCGUUUCCGGCACGGUGUACUUUGGGACGAGCAAGAACGCAGGGGACGACUACUGGGAGAAGCAGACGUUUCACGACAGGUUCAUUCUGGUACCGAACUGGGAUGUGCUCGAGAAGGCCGGGCCCAAAUACGGAAGGAGAUAUCUGAUCAUGUCUCACAACUACCGGGCAAACUAG